ACGAAGAUUUCCUUAAUAGGUUUUCAAUGAAGUUUUUGAUGUGUGUUGAUAAGCAUUUCACUUUGGCCAGCUAUACUCMCAACCCACCCUYAGCUUUCACAAGUAUUUCUCACUGACUGACUUGGAUUUAUAAACAUUAUCACAGAUUAUGUGUUCUAGAAUUCAUUGAUUAUGUAUUCUAGAAUUCCUGUGACUCAUUGAAGACUUGGGAUAUUUUUAUUCACAAGAACCAAAACACAGGCUUUACUAAGAAUAAAUAAAUAAUGAGUCAAACAAUCUAGCCAUUACACCUGCUAGCUGAAUAUCAAGUCCACUAGACCUCUACUUGGUUGGAUGAUAAUAUGUUACAGAAGCCAUGAAACACAGCUAUUGACAUAGAGAAAUCCAUGGCUUAGUGAUGGAACCAUGGUUCUUUAUUAAUGGUUCKCRAAGCCAUGAUUAAAAUAUUGGAAACAAGUGAUACCUUUUAGCCAUGAAUUUCAGACGAUUCUCGAUGAGUUUCUCCAUUGCAUCACAGCUUGAUGAUGAGUCAGACAAGGAGAAUACUGAAAAUAACUUCUUGAGGCAGGCAUCAGAACGGUUUAUGAGGUCAAUACGACGAGCUAAAGGAAGCCUUUCAUGGAGUUUUUCGUCGUUUCGACCRCAYGAGGARGAAUCACCUACAAAGCAGAAACGUCCACGUUCUGUUGCUUUAGGAGAGGAUUUUCCUAUCUUUGAGAUUUCAAGCUAUUUUGGAAACAUUUAUAGAAGGGGAGCGAAAAGAUGGAGAAAAAUCCAUAUCGUCAACGGACAUUCAUUUGUAGCCAAACGAUUUAGCAGACUUGCAGCAUGUGCUUUCUGUUCUGAUAGAAUAUGGGGUCUUGGCAGAUCUGGUUAUAAGUGUCUAGAAUGUAAACUUGUCGUUCAUAAAAAAUGUCACAAACUCAUCAAAGUUCAGUGUGGUCAACAACUUAUGCAAACUUCUCAAACAAUACACUCAUCGUUACCGCCCAUCGGUGCUAUUGGAACAAAAAUACCCAGUACUGAUGAAACAGGACCCAAACGAACUCGUAGCGAUAGUCCUGCUACCAGGAAACGUGGUUUGGUAAGCGUUGACUACAGCAAUCAAUCAAGAUCACGUGAUCCUGAGGACGGCUACAGCUCACUAGUGUCAGUUAACGAUUUUCAUCUCAUCAGAGUCAUUGGUCGGGGUAGCUACGCUAAAGUCAUGCUAGUUGAAUAUAAGAAAACUGAAAGAAUAUACGCUAUGAAAGUAGUUAAGAAAGAAUUGGUCGAUGACGACGAGGAUAUCGAUUGGGUUCAAACAGAGAAACACGUCUUCGAGCAAGCAACGAAUCACCCUUUUCUUGUAGGAUUACAUUCUUGUUUUCAGACGACUAGUAGGUUAUUUUUCGUUAUUGAAUAUGUUAGUGGAGGAGAUCUCAUGUACCACAUGCAACGACAAAGGAGACUGCCUGAAGACCAUGCCAGGUUUUAUUCUGCGGAAAUCUGUUGUGCGUUGAAUUUCCUUCAUGAAAAAGGUAUAAUAUAUCGUGAUCUCAAGCUAGAUAACGUGCUGUUAGACAGCGAUGGACACAUCAARAUAACUGACUAUGGCAUGUGUAAGGAGGGUUUACGACCUGGCGACAUGACAAGCACGUUUUGUGGUACACCAAACUACAUCGCACCAGAAAUCUUACGUGGGGAAGAUUACGCAUACAGUGUCGAUUGGUGGGCAUUGGGUGUUCUAUUGUACGAGAUGUUGGCUGGACGGUCACCGUUUGACAUUGUUGGUAGUGCAGACAAUCCUGAUCAAAACACAGAAGAUUAUCUCUUCCAAGUUAUUUUGGAAAAGCCUAUACGAAUCCCUCGAUCGCUAUCAGUCAAAGCUGCUUCUAUUCUUAAAGGGUUUUUAAAUAAGAAUCCUCUUGAACGACUUGGUUGUCAUGCGCAAACUGGUUUUGCUGACAUCACGUCACAUGUAUUUUUCAGAAGUGUCAACUGGGAACAGCUUGAGGCGCGUCAGGUAACGCCGCCCUUCAARCCACACAAACAAGACCAAUACGGWCUGGAAAACUUCGACCCUCAAUUUACCAAUGAAGAUGUUCAGUUCACUCCAGAUGACCCGAAAGUUCUGGAAAAUAUAGACCAAACAGAGUUUGAAGGCUUCGAGUAUAUCAACCCUCUUCUCAUGUCUGCAGAAGACACUGUAUAGUCYGGUCGAACCUCUCUACACCGACCAUAUCAACACAAUUGUUUCUAAUGUUCGUUUAUUAGGGGUUGUUCUUACGUAAAAGUGUCUUAGGAUUGGUUGAUGUAGUUGGUGGUMGUUAAGUAAAGAUUGUCUGGUAGAGGUUGUAGUUUUUGUGGUGUUUGCUCUUUCAGUGUUUGGAAAUUGUCGAAAUUCUGARGUAAAGUUGUUGUGUGAUGGUUUGAAAACUUAUUAACUAUAUCUUCUUUGUGAYUGAGAUCAUUUUAGUAUGGCAAUUGUAGUAUACGGGUUUUUUUUGGUGAGAUGGUUGUUGAAUUGAGAUGAUGCGUUUCAAUGGAAGGUGGUCRUUACGAAGUGUCACUCGUUAUACAGAAAACAAUGGUUUUAAWGUGGCGAUCAUUGUAAAUGGACUGUUGUUGCAUAGAGGUGGUCGUAGUUGGGUUUGCAUURUAAAAAGAUAGUCAUUGUGUAGAGUUUGAGAAGAUUUGUAAACAGACGGUCGUUGUGUAAAUCAGUGAUGGUCGAUGYACAGAGGUGGUCGUUAUGCUUGCAUAGGUAGAAAUAAUGUGUUGAGGUGGUCGUCUUUUAGAAGCGGUCGUUGUUACUGAACAAAAGAAUAAAAGAAUUAGGCUAUACAUGUAUUAAUUUGUAAUAUAGCUAGAGUGAAAAAAAUGAUGUUGAAGUAAAAAAAAAACACGUGAAAAAAUAAUAAAAUUAUAUGAAUACCGCACCGUGAAAAAGAUAUUACACUAGGAUACUUAUUGUAUUGUUUCCUUUUCUGGCUAUUAGCUAUCACACUUUGAAAUCAGUCGCAAUUUGUUUUCACAUAUAAUUGAAUGACUACGCUCUAAAUCCGUGAAACGAAURAAAUAGGCAAUGUAGACAAAUAAAURGCGUCAAAASAGCSACUUUUAGGACUUAGYUGUARACUGAUAAGUAUUUCACGGUUUGUGGCUUCACUGUUGAAACAUCACAAUAAUAAUUAAAAUAGGGAAAACUGAA